AUGACUGCAACACCUGGGAGCAAUCGGAGGCUGCAGCUGCCAAAGCCAGCACUCCCAGAUGACAACGUCACAAUCCUCUGCUUGGCGACGCAGGUACGAUUGGGCUUCCUGAGGACCACGACCACGACCGCGACUACAACCACUCGACCAUGCCGAAACUUCGGUGAUUGCUGCGAGGUAAACUUGCACCUAUCAACGUCAGCGACGACUCCUUUGCAGAUAUGUCGGGCACACCACCGACCCACCGCCCAACUCUCCGCGUCUUCUCCCAAAGUCGUAGAGAACAACGCCCAAAAAGCAACUUCACGAUGCAGCUUGCCUAUCAAGCACGUGCGCGAAUGCUCGCCUCUGCCAGGCCGUCUCACAGCAUGUCUCAGUCACUGGGAUCAAGAAGCUUGA